GCUUUUUCUAAAAUGAUCUGCACUUCCGUGUUUGCAUUCACCGCAGCUCUGCUGGCACCUGCGAUCGCCGCUCCUAUCGUGGUUCGAACUGAUUCGCUUUCCAACUCUACGGGAAUGGUUACUUCUAAUGCCACGGCACAUGCCGGGUUUUCCUACGGAGCGUUCUGGCCCAAAGAUGAGUCGCCAAAAACCUACGAAGACUUCCUUCGUCUCUUCAACCAGGCAAAAAGCCUCCCUGGUACCUCCGUAUCGUUCAACAGUGCGCGUCUCUUUCAGACAGCCCAGUGGCAAAAGCCGACGGAACCCAGUGAGGCUUUCAAGGCAGCUAUAGAGACAGAGACGACUCUUCUCCUUGGUUUAUGGCUCUCCGCUAUGCCCACCGAGCUGGAAGCACUCAAUGCCGCCUUUGAAACCCAUGGUCAGAAGCUCGCCGACCUGGUCGUCGGCAUCUCUGUGGGUAAUGAAGACAUCUACCGCACCAGUCCAGAGUGCGCAAAGCAUAACGACAACCAGCCCUGUCCCAUGCAAGCCACUCCCGAGGAAGUCAAAAGUAACGUCACUGCUGUGCGCGACGCUAUGAAGCAAUGGGACCAUCUCUUCAAAGCACCACCACCCAUUGGUCACACAGACGUCGCGCAGUUCGCCGCUCAGGACGGUCUCGACUUCAUCGGUACAACGGUGUAUCCCUUCUGGGGCAACGAGCCCAUCGAUAAAGCCCAGGAAAGCACCGCGAAAACCCUGGCGGAAGUCGCAAAAAACGCGUCCGAUAAACCCAUCUGGAUCACUGAAACAGGCUGGCCAUCGUCCGGUAAAGAAGAAGGCACAGGAUCAGGUUCCGUGGACGAUAUGCGCAAGUACUGGGUCGACGUCGGCUGCCAGGCUUUCGGAAAGCAGAACAUCUGGUGGUUCCAGCUCGAGAAGGACACGCUUGAUGAUUUUGACUGGGGGAUUUUGGACCCCGCGACCAAGAAGCCGAAAUUCGAUUUGGGAUGUCCUGGGUCGUCCGCUUCGGCCCAAUCUGCUUCCUCUCCCUCUGAAGUGCAUAUCUCGCGUGCAUCUGAUCAACCUCGUUUGCUUGACAGAAAUAACUUUUUUGAAAACGCAAGGAUAGGGCUCCAUAAAACGUUCGUCGAGUGGCGCAAAUAG